CUCUCAACUGUCUUGUUAGGCCCUCUUAUUCAGAUUUCCUCUCUUAUUCUUAACCUUUGUAACUGCCAUUGUUGCUAGCCUUGGAUCCAGUCUAUGAAUGGCAAAGCCAAGAUCUUGGACUCAGAUAUGGCCUUCUAUUGUCAGAUCGUGUAUUCUGAAUGUUGUUCUGAACUUCAACAUCGUAGCAUUAGCAGAUGACACUGGAAGUAGCAGUAUUGUAUCAGAAGGUAACUGCAAGAACACAAAUUAUCAGAUUUUCCUCCCUCCACCGUAUCAGAAUAUAUCCUCUACCAUAUGCAAACCUGUUUGGCACUCAUACGAAUUGAGGUACACUAAAACGGGUGAUACCACAACUAUCAUAUUGUCUGCUCCCUACACUGUUGGGUGGGUGGGAAUUGGAUUUUCUAGGGAUGGUAUGAUGGCUGGUUCGAGUGCAAUGGUGGGAUGGAUUAACAAACAUGGUCAUGCAAAAGUGAAGCAGUUUUAUCUAAGGGGUAGGAGGCAAUCAGAAGUAAUUGUAGACAAAGGUGAACUGCCUCUAAGUAAUGUGCCUGCAGCCGUGGCAACAAAUGGGGCUGAAAUUUACAUAGCUUUUCAGCUGCAAACGACUAUUCCAUUUGGAAAGCAACCGAUUCUAUUGGCUUUCAGUACUAAACAUCCACAGAACCACCAUUUGUCAAAACAUGUUGACAAAACAGCAGUUAUAUUUGAUUUUUCUUCAGGUGCAAAACCAGAUGUGCCACUUCAUAAUUAUUAUGCUAUGUUGUUGCAUACAGUUACAGGUUCUACGGGUCCGGUAUCUAAUGGGUUGAUUCAGAUGAGGAAGAGCCAUGGAAUAGUGGGUAUAAUAGGGUGGGGCCUAAUCCUGCCUGUGGGGGCAAUUAUUGCUAGGUACUUCAGGCAUAAGGAUCCCCUAUGGUUCUAUCUCCAUUCGGUCAUUCAAUUUGUGGGAUUUGCAUUUGGGCUUGGCACGGUCCUUCUUGGUUUACAACUCUAUAGAAAAACGCAUGUGCACAUUCCAGCUCACAGAGGCAUAGGCAUCUUUGUCCUUGUCCUAAGUAUUCUUCAGAUAUUGGCAUUCUUCUUGAGGCCAGACAAGGAUUCCAAGAUUCGAAACAUUUGGAAUUUGUAUCACAGUUGGUUUGGAAGAAUGGCACUUUUCUUUGCAGCCUUGAAUAUAGUGUUGGGGAUGCGAGCUGCUGGGGCAGGGAAUGAUUGGAAGAUAGGCUAUGGAUUCCUUGUUAGCAUUAUACUUGUGGCAGUUAUCGUUCUCGAAGUAUUGGCGUAUUUGAAAAAAUCAGAAAAGCGUUCGCUUCCUCAGACUUACCAAAUGGACUCAGUUGGAGACGCUACCUUUCCAACCAAUCUAGCUAAAGGGUAAUUGUGUUCGCUCCUAGAUUUGUUUGCACUUGUACAAGCUGUGUCACGUGUCCCAUUCAACCACUUCAGACUAAGCCUCAUCCUACUGCAUGUGAACGGAGUCAUGGAACUUCUUGAUGUAUAUAGAUAUAUAGCCAGCUAGAAGUUAGCCGAGAUGAACAAUCCUAACGUUUGGCUUCCUCACCUGAACUUGAGAUUGAACUUUUUUGCUUUCUUCAUUUUGAAUGUUUUUUUUUUUUUUUUUGCAGCUGCAUGAUCAGUAAUGUAAUGCCUACGUUUACGACUGUAUUUUGUUCUUCUAUGAAAAUGUGAUGAGAUUUAAGGAUC